AUGUCUGGCGAAAACACCGAGAUUGACCUCGACUCCAUAAUCGACCGUUUACUGGAAGUCAGGGGAAACCGCCCCGGAAAGGUCGUUCAGCUGCAAGAGUACGAAAUCAAGUAUCUGUGCACAAAAGCUCGCGAGAUCUUUAUCAGCCAACCGAUCCUCCUUGAGCUCGAAGCGCCCAUCAAGAUAUGCGGUGAUAUUCACGGCCAGUACUACGAUCUCCUCCGUCUAUUCGAAUACGGCGGUUUCCCACCAGAAGCCAACUACCUCUUCCUCGGCGACUAUGUCGACCGAGGCAAGCAAUCCCUCGAGACGAUCUGUUUGUUGUUGGCGUACAAGAUCAAGUACCCCGAGAACUUCUUCAUUCUGAGAGGGAACCACGAGUGUGCGAGUAUCAACAGGAUCUAUGGGUUUUACGAUGAGUGCAAGAGGAGGUAUAACAUCAAGCUGUGGAAGACAUUCACCGAUUGCUUCAACUGCUUGCCUAUCGCUGCUAUCAUCGACGAGAAGAUCUUCACAAUGCACGGCGGUUUGAGCCCGGACUUGCAGAGCAUGGAGCAGAUCCGCCGAGUCAUGCGCCCGACAGACGUACCCGAUACCGGCCUCCUCUGCGAUCUCCUUUGGUCCGAUCCCGACAAGGACAUUACAGGCUGGUCAGAGAAUGACCGAGGUGUAUCCUUCACUUUCGGCCCGGAUGUCGUUUCGCGGUUCCUGCAGAAGCACGAUAUGGACCUGAUUUGUCGAGCGCACCAGGUCGUAGAGGAUGGAUACGAGUUCUUUGCCAAGCGGCAAUUGGUCACUCUCUUCUCGGCGCCUAAUUACUGUGGAGAGUUUGAUAAUGCCGGCGCGAUGAUGAGUGUUGACGAUACCCUGCUGUGUUCAUUCCAAAUCCUCAAGCCUGCGGAAAAGAAGGCGCCUAAAUAUGGGGGAUACGGAGCAGGUGCCGGACGGCCUGCCGUGACUCCGCCAAGGAAGAAUAAGAAGGGAGGGAGGCCUGCAUGA